AUGGACGGUCAACAGCGAGCAUAUAUUCCAGGCCCGCCGACUUUGCCUCCGCCUCCUCCACGACACCCUCAUCAACACCCACAGCUUCAGCAACCAGGAGUACCGCCACCACCACCAGGUCCACCCCCGGGAACUUCAUAUGCGGUCCCGUCAGGAUGGCAGCCGAACUACACUCGGCAGGCAUUAGCUCCAGGCUUCCCACCUCCGCCUCCCCCGCCGCAGCAGAACCCACUUGUUGGAUAUCGUCUUCCUGCCCCUUUGUCUAUCGACAACCAACCUCUUACCUCUGCAACAUAUAUUCCAGGACACGAUACAAUUGGCGUCGGAAUUCCCCCGUUGUUCGAACCCGGCCGGACUGGGUAUGACACCAGUUAUUCACAGCAAAGACCUGUGGCGAAACAAACCUAUGACUACCCUACCACUACCAACACGGGGACGUAUAACCCUGGAAAUUAUAAUCCACAGACACCUGGGGGUAUGAAUGUCCCGUCACAUCUUCAUGGGACUGUACAUGAAAUACAGACAAAUGAGAAUCUGCAGCAGAACCCAAGUCCAGGUGUCGAUCUCGCCAAAUCGCCCAGCCAUCGUCACAAUACCAGCGGUGCAUCGUUGGGGGGUCUCUCGCCAAGCGAGGCCGCGAUUCAUUGGCCGCUCGAUCGAGUCCUCAUGUGGCUUGCUAAAAUGGGGUUCUCCAAUGAUUGGCAGGAAACAUUCAAGUCUUUAGAGCUUCAAGGCGCCGACUUUCUUGAGCUUGGUCUGGCGUGGGGUGGACGGGGGAACCUUGGCAAGAUUCACAAAGUCGUAUAUCCUCAGUUAGCGAAAGAGUGUGCCCGCAGUGGAACUGGAUGGGACUCAGCUCGUGAACGAGAAGAAGGACUGCGCUUGCGCAAGUUGAUUCGCUCCAUCCACGAUGGCAACCCGGACUCUUCCAUCUCGACGCCAUUGCGGCAGGAGCCCCCUGCGUUCCCACCGUCUUCCACUGACGCUGGCACUACUUUUCAUCCCGUCCAGAUUUCUGAGCCCCGGUCGGCUGGUCCUACACCUGGGGUGAACGACAUCAGUCCCGGCCAGUUAGCAGAGUUGCAUACCUCAGCCCAGUCUCAGAAGCAAACCCCGCAGUUGCGCUCUGUCACACAGCCUCUCCCUGUCGGUUACGAGUCCCCAAAGUACGAGUCGCCGAUUCGAGAGCAUUCCACUUUGCAGCGAUCAGAAUAUUCUAGGAACACGCUCGCGCAAAUGAAUGAACAUAAGCGCCAAAGCCCAUCUCUCUCCAGCGACCAUGGCACAUUUCCAGGUUCAUCUCGUCGGCCCCAAGAUAGUCCGAAAAGUGGCAGCCCGGCUCUGCAGUAUGCAUCGCCGUCAUACCAGGGUCUAACGUCAAACUCGACUGGUGAUUUGACCCUAGGGAGAUAUGAGCAUUCUCGCGGGAAUAGCGCAGAUUCAACUGGUCGAGGUUUUGGAAACGUUGGUCGGUACUAUGACCACCGUAGACAGGGCCAGGAGGGUGCACGUCCUUCUCCUCAACAAGAAACAAAUGCUCGACCAUGGAGUGGCGAAACGCCUACCUCAUAUAGGGAGCAUAACAAAGGAUUCUUGAAUAUGUUCAAGAGGAAGGCCAGGACGAAUGACUAUCCAGCAGCAUUCACCUUCAAGCCCAGAACCUCGACCAAUGGAUCCAAUGGAUCUUAUACUCCUUAUUCGAAGCCAGGGUUCAAUAUCAGCGACAUGUCACUGGGAGAUCGCCCUUCCUCGUCGGCUGCUAAAGUGAAGCGAUGGGUUUUCGCAACUACGGAUGGUCUCAAUUACCGCCUCGUUGACGUUUCUGAUAUGGAAUCGGUAGAAACUUUGCGUGCAGGGAUCUGUAGAGACCUUGGUCUUGACGAUUGGGCAAGUGCCCAGAUUUUCCUCACCGAGCCAGGGCAACACCAUCACGAUGACCCUAUGAGUGACGCCAUGCUAGCGGUCUCUCGCCGAAACAAGUCAGAUGCAUAUGGCUCUCUAAAAUUGUUUGUCAAGGCAAACCCCUCUCAUCCCGCAAUACCAUAUGGCCUUGGCGUUUCAAUACCGAGUGAAAAGGCCACGUCGUCCCCUACAGCGUCGGCACACCCUGUUAUACAUCGCAAGCCCUUGGAGCCCGAGGCUUUGGACCGAAUAUCUCCCCAGGCAACGGCCAAGCCUGCAUUGCCUAUCCAUACCUCUGGACAGUCAACCUCCAAGCCUUCGGUCACAAAAACAACCCCAGAUAGCACCGAAUCUGCGACUCUGUUGGACGCGGAGCAAACAGAUCUCCUCUCUCGCCACGAGGCUCAUCUUCGCGAGGUUGAACGAAAGCAAAGAGAGCACCGGGUCUCCCGCGUUCCUCCCAAUUCCCAGCCAGGCUUCACAGGAACUUACGGCGAAACCGGUUAUAGGCGUACAGGGAUUAUCGACUUCAACACGCCUCGUAUCUCGCCUUAUGAAGAGAAGAAGGAACAGUUGCAGCAAGAGCAACAGCUACAGCUGCAGUUACAGCAGGAAGGACUGGUGCCCCGGCGCAACCCACCAGUUGCUCCCAAUGAAUCGAAUACGCUCACCAAAGUCAAUUCUCUCAGGAAAGGCCCCGGCGAUCGCCCCAUUCGAGCCCAGCCUGGCCUGGGGGCUGCUCUCGCCAAUAUGGGUCGGAUGACUAGUUCAAUUGGCACGCCAUCUCCUUCAGUCCCAGUUCCUCCCACGCCUUCAUCCAUUAAUCGAGAUAGCACUGGCUCAGAUUCUGAUCGACCACAGACACUCGAUUCUGCAACUUCGGCUUCGAGUAGGACAACUCUGGAAUCGUCGAGAACUGGCUCCAAAUCUUUCGCAGAACAAGGCAGUGAAAGAUCACCGUCCCCGCGCAGCACAUCCAAAUCUUCGCAGCCAUCAAGGAAGUCAGUCGGACCAGAGUUCGAGUUUGAAGAAAGUGAAGUUUCCUUCGCAAGAACGCAACUUUCUAACCAAGAUUCUGAUGGCUCUGGCGAUGAUUCUGACGAUGGUCUUUUUGCUAUUCGCCCUUCGAGAACAGAGCCCGAAAAGGCGGAACCCGAGAAAAAGCCGACUCUCACCGUAGACACUGACAAUAACAAGCGUCGCACUGUUACAAUUCAGUCACCCAAAUCUGCUGCCAAGGGCUCAUCAUAUUUCAUGCCUUCAUCCUACAGCUCCGGCGGAGAGGCUUCCGACAACCCCGACCAAUUCUCAGGGGGCUCCCACGGAACGGCUUCACCUGCGAACGAAAGACUACCACGCAGAGAGUCUUUUGCUAGCGACCUCUGGGCCAGCAGACCUCCUGUUGAGGGCGUUAUUGAUAACCUGGACAGCUUCUUCCCAAAUGUCGACCUUGAUGCCCCCUAUCUCGAAGAGCCUCCAUCGCCGAAUAAUAAGAUGAACGGUGACAAUGAAGCAACUCUUCGGGGCAAGUCCCAAAUUCCACAACCUCCGUCUAUCCCGCAAGCCGGCUCUGAUGCAUCAACCGCGCGUCCGACCUCAGUUGCCGUACGUAACAUCAAUCGGAGUGGCGGCGGCCUUUCGCGCACAAAAUCUAUUCGACAAGUCGCUCAGGGGGCUCACCGGACGAAGAGCAUCGGGCCUGCUACCGGCCCUCGAAAAUCAGGUGAUCUGUUGCGACGCAAGAGCACCAAAAUGUUUGGUCAUAAGAUCAUGCAAAUCAGUCCAAAGCCUGGAACUCGGCUCAGCCAACUCGACCCUAUCCCACAGCACACGAGCUCGCCGGGGCCAGUCGAAGCAGUUCCACAACGCCAGCAAACCUUCCGCAUCAUCCGAGGUCAGCUUAUUGGCAAGGGUACCUAUGGUCGUGUGUAUCUAGGUAUCAACGCCGAUAAUGGUGAAGUUUUGGCGGUAAAGCAAGUCGAAAUCAACGCGAGGAUUGCAGGAAAUGACAGAGACCGAAUCAAGGAGAUGGUGGCUGCCCUGGACCAGGAAAUCGAUACGAUGCAGCAUCUCGAACACCCUAAUAUUGUCCAAUAUCUUGGUUGCGAGCGAGGAGACCUUUCAAUUUCCAUCUACCUGGAGUAUAUCUCUGGUGGCUCUAUUGGCAGUUGUCUUCGCAAGCAUGGAAAAUUUGAGGAAAGUGUUGUCAAAUCUCUCACACGUCAAACCCUGGGCGGCCUGGCUUACCUUCACGACAUGGGUAUUCUCCACCGCGAUUUGAAGGCAGACAAUAUUCUUUUGGAUGUUGAUGGAACUUGCAAAAUAUCCGACUUUGGCAUCUCGAAGAAGACAGACGACAUAUACGGAAAUGAUUCCAGCAACUCUAUGCAGGGUUCGGUCUUCUGGAUGGCCCCGGAGGUCAUUCAGUCCCAGGGCCAGGGCUACAGCGCGAAGGUCGACAUUUGGUCCCUUGGAUGUGUCGUGUUGGAAAUGUUUGCUGGUCGACGGCCUUGGAGCAAGGAGGAGGCUAUCGGUGCCAUCUUCAAACUCGGCAGCCUCGGUCAAGCGCCCCCUAUCCCGGAAGAUGUCUCUAUGAGCAUCAGUCCCGCUGCUCUUGCAUUCAUGUAUGACUGCUUCACAGUUAACUCCUCGGAACGUCCAACUGCUGGUACUCUGCUCACACGCCACCCGUUCUGUGAAUCAGACCCUAAUUAUAACUUCCUCGAGACCGAGCUAUAUGCCAAGAUCCGAGACGUCUACUAA